UGUUACAAUUACAGCAACUAUAUAAAUGUAUAGAUUAUCACUGAUAUAAAUAUAAUACGUGUAUAGGUGACAGAGUUAAAGUAAGUGUGGUGGCUAUGAAUAUUCUCUUGGGCAGUUAAUUCUCUUCAGUAUAAUAUUUACAGCCACUUAGGAAAUUAAAUUAAUUCGAGAGUGAAAUGAAUUUUUACUACAAAGGUAUUUGUGGACUGGUGGAAGCAUGUGCUUCAGCUAAGGUCAGUUCCUCUCAGGUCUUGUUGCCUAGAAACCUUCUGAGGUUGUUGCUCUUGGCUCCACUCAUACAUAAACAAACGCUUCUGAUAUACAGCCAUGCACUUAAUCAAUCCUUUACAAAGACGGGACUUGUACAAUGGCGGCGUGAAUCCUCAUGUGUUCACUGGUCUGUCCUCCUGCGCAGUGUGCUGUUCUGCAGAGAUAAGGGGAAGAGUUUGUCAGUAUUGGAGUAUUUUUGUGUGACUAUUCCCAUUUGAAUGUAAGACAAUAUGGCUGUGUGUGUAUGUGUAUGCCUACAUGAAUAUACAUGUACAUGUGUGUGUGUGCAUGCUUGCGCAUUUCUAAAUAGUGGGAGGGACCAAGUAACAGUAGUCCACCAAUGAUAUGGUGUCGUGCCUUUGUGACCUUGUGUAAACUGCAGGUCAUUAAGUUACACAGUCUUCACACACCGGGAGAAGCAAUGUAUUCAUGCAUUCAGCUUUUUAAAAACAUGACCUUGCCAGCUGGUUGAAGGGCAGCGUGGUUGGUGCUUGAUUCGAUUCAGACAUAGAUGGAUAUGAGGGUCAGACCUGCAGAGGAGGAACGACAUGUUAGAGCCAAUGAUCGGGACUACAAUGAAAGAUUUAGUUAUGCUGAUAAUCACAUCAAGACAGCAAAGUACACCUUCUACACCUUUCUACCAGUUAACUUGUUUGAGCAGUUCCAGAGGUUUGCUAAUGCUUACUUCCUAGUGCUGCUCAUUCUACAGUUAAUCCCUGAGAUCUCCUCUCUGUCCUGGUUCACCACCAUUGUGCCUUUGGUGUUGGUACUGACUAUCACCGCUGUGAAAGAUGCUACUGAUGACUAUUUCCGCCAUAAAAGUGAUCAACAAGUUAACACUCGUCAGUCUCAGGUACUCAUCAAGGGAAAGAUACAAAAUGAGAAAUGGAUGAAUGUUAGAGUUGGUGACAUAAUAAAACUUGAGAACAACCAGUUUGUUGCUGCAGACGUGCUUCUGCUCUCAAGCAGUGAGCCGUAUGGUCUGUGCUAUAUCGAGACUGCAGAGCUAGAUGGAGAAACAAACUUGAAGGUGCGCCAAGCUUUGACUGUAACCUCAGACCUUGGAGCAGAUGUUUCCAAGCUUGCGGAGUUCAAUGGAGAAGUUAUAUGUGAGCCUCCCAAUAAUAAACUGGACAAAUUCAUUGGAACACUGUAUUGGAAGGACAACAAGUAUUCUCUGGACAAUGAGAAAAUGCUGCUGAGAGGCUGUAUACUCAGAAACACAGAGUGGUGUUUUGGCAUGGUCAUCUUUGCUGGGCUCCAAACCAAGCUGAUGCAGAACUGUGGGAGGACGAAAUUCAAAAGGACGAGCAUUGACAGGCUGAUGAACACUUUAGUGCUGUGGAUUUUCGGAUUUCUCAUCUGCAUGGGGAUCACCCUGUCUAUUGGAAACACGAUCUGGGAGCAAAGAGUGGGCAGAGACUUCUGGGCAUACCUGCUCUGGGACAAACUCCUAAGCAGUCCUGUCUUCUCUGGAUUCCUCACUUUCUGGUCUUACAUCAUCAUCCUUAACACUGUGGUUCCUAUCUCUCUUUACGUCAGUGUUGAGGUCCUUCGUCUAGGCCAUAGUUAUUUUAUAAACUGGGACCGGAAGAUGUACUACAGUCGGAAAGACACUCCGGCCGAGGCUCGAACCACCACUCUAAAUGAGGAGCUGGGCCAAGUCGAGUUCAUCUUCUCAGACAAAACAGGAACGCUCACCCAGAACAUUAUGGUCUUCAGUAAAUGCUCCAUCAAUGGAAAGACCUAUGGCGAUGUUUACGACGACUUUGGACACAAAGUGGAUAUUACAGAGAAAACACCAUGUGUAGACUUCUCCUUCAACCCGCUGAUGGACAGGAAGUUUAAUUUCCAUGACAGCAGCCUGGUGGAGGCCAUUAAGUUGGAAGAGCCAUUGGUGCAGGAAUUUUUCAGACUCCUCGCUUUGUGUCACACAGUGAUGCCAGAGGAACGAAGUGAAGGAGAACUGGUGUAUCAGGCUCAGUCUCCAGAUGAAGGAGCCCUGGUCACCGCCGCUCGCAAUUUUGGAUUUGUAUUUCGAGCCAGGACCCCAGAGACCAUCACUCUAUAUGAAAUGGGCCAGUUUGUCACUUACCAGCUCCUGGCCAUUCUUGACUUUAACAACGUCCGCAAGAGAAUGAGCGUUAUCGUCAGAAAUCCAGAGGGCCAGCUGAAGCUCUACUCUAAAGGAGCAGACACAAUAAUCUUUGACCUACUGGAUCAAUCCAAUGAAGAGCUAAUGUACACUACCUCAGAGCACCUUAACGAGUUUGCUGGCGAGGGUCUGAGAACGUUGGCCCUGGCCUAUAAAGAUCUGGAUGAGGACAUGUUUGAUGAGUGGAUGAAGAAGCUGCUGUUUGCCAGCACAUCAUUAAAUAACCGAGAGGAGAGUUUGGGGGCUCUUUAUGAGGAGAUAGAGGAAGGUCUAAUGCUUCUUGGUGCCACAGCCAUAGAGGAUAAAUUACAGGAAGGAGUGCCAGAAACAAUUAGCUGUUUGACUCUGGCCAAUAUUAAAAUCUGGGUCCUCACUGGAGACAAACUAGAAACAGCGAUGAACAUCGGCUACUCCUGUAACAUGCUGAGAGACGACAUGAACGAGGUGUUCAUAAUCUCAGGUCACACCCUGCUGGAGGUUCAGCGCGAGCUCAAAAAUGCCAAAGAGAGGAUCAUGGGUCCCAGCAGAGACAGAUUCAGCAGUGGCCAGGAUGUGGGGAAGACAGAUAUGUAUGCCAGUGACUCUGUGUUUGAGGAAACCAUCAUUGCAGAAUAUGCGCUGAUCAUCAAUGGACACAGUUUGGCCCAUGCCCUGGAGGCAGACCUGGAGCAGAUCCUGCUGGACGUGGCCUGCUUGUGUAAGACUGUGAUUUGCUGUAGGGUCACCCCUCUCCAGAAAGCCCAGGUGGUGGAGCUUGUUAAGAGACAUAAGAGAGCUGUGACUUUGGCCAUCGGGGACGGAGCCAAUGACGUCAGUAUGAUCAAGACUGCACACAUUGGCGUGGGCAUCAGCGGGCAGGAGGGCAUGCAGGCUGUACUCGCCUCAGACUACUCCUUUGCCCAGUUCCGCUACCUACAGCGCCUCCUUCUGGUUCAUGGCCGCUGGUCAUACCACCGCAUGUGCAACUUCCUCUGCUACUUUUUCUACAAGAACUUUGCCUUCACGCUGGUACACUUCUGGUACGGCUUUCUGUGUGGCUUCUCUGCUCAGACCGUAUAUGACCAGUGGUUCAUCACCCUGUUCAACAUUGUCUACACCUCUCUACCGGUUCUUGCCAUGGGCCUGUUUGACCAGGACGUGAAUGAGCAGUACAGUCUGCGCUACCCCAACCUCUACCGACCCGGGCAGCUCAAUCUGCUGUUUAACAAGCGCAAGUUCUUCACCUGCACACUUCAGGGGGUCUGCACCUCCUUUGUUCUCUUCUUCAUCCCGUACGGGGCUUUCCUCAGUGCUGUCAGAGACGACGGCUCACACAUAACCGAUCAUCAGUCUUUCGCUGUUACCAUAGCAACCUCACUGGUCAUUGUGGUCAGCGUCCAGAUUGGGCUUGACACAAACUACUGGACUGCAGUGAACCACUUCUUUGUUUGGGGCAGCCUGGCUGUUUACUUUGCCAUUCUGUUUGCAAUGAACAGUGAUGGCAUCUUUCGAAUAUUUCCAAGCCAGUUCCCUUUUGUAGGAACAGCACGGAACACUCUGAAUCAGAAGAGCGUGUGGCUCGUCAUUCUCCUCACCACCGUGGUGUGUACAAUGCCAGUGGUGGCCAUGCGCUUCCUUAAGACAGACCUCCAUCCCACGCAGACUGACAAAGUACGUUUGCUGCAGCAGGCCACCAGGAGGCAGGGUCCUCAGGAGCAGAACCUCAGGCGGGUACGAAGGACCAGCUCCCGCCGCUCGGCCUAUGCCUUCGCCCACCAGCAGGGAUACGGAGAGCUCAUCACCUCCGGCAAGAACAUGAAGGUCCACACCUCCUCCACCUCAGCCUUCCCUGGCAACUCUCUAGGGAGAACCCACAGCAGUAGCAGCUGGAUAGAAAGCAUGCUGAAGAAGAGAGGGGACUCGAACAGUGCAGUGGAAGCUGAGGAGACCACAGAUUCUGGAAUUACAGAUCAGACUAGAGUGGAUGUGCUGAGCGAACACAGCCUGGAGACUCUGUACACAAACUGACCCACUGGAAUACAGUUACAUAGGGCAAGCAGAGACCUCCCAUCUCGGUGACGAGUGAGAUUUCUCCUUCAUCAUUACGUCACCAUCGUACACAGAGGUAAACUGGCAUAUGCACCAGUCACUUCUUGACAUGUUUGUAAUGCCAUAGUUUGAAAGAUACGUGGUAUUGGAGCAACAUCGAACUCCCAAACAACACACAGAUGCACUCUGGGCAUGCACUCUUAUACCUCACAGCUGUAUGGCUUUAUGGAGAGCUGUUCACAGAAAACUGCACAUAAAGUGGCACUAAGGAGACCAGCACUGCACAGGAGAGACUCCAAAAAGCCAGCAUACUGAAGCACAGAUAACAGUCCUUACCUUCCUGUCCUAAUUUCCUCUUUCAUGCAAAUACACUCUAUUCUCUGGGUGCAUUCUACAUUUAAUUGUGGUUCAUUGACUCAGAGAAUGCAUUCUGUUUCUAGUCAAUUUAGUUUUGAUUUAAUGUUAUUUCCCUAGUGGAUGGACACAAACAUGCAAAAAUGCGUAAAUGUUGCUCCAGAAAGCCACGCAUUUUACAGAAUUUCUGAAAGGUUCUUCAUAUGCUUCCAGUACACUGCAGAUCCAGCCAGUAGGCCACACACAAUUUAAUUGUCUGCACAAUUUCAAUGCAAUUAUUUGAGCUACUGGUGAAUUUGGGAAAACUGCAAGUCUCUCAGGAGUUACACAUCACAUCUUAUUUAUUUCAGCAUCAUAAUGUCAAGAUUAUCAUUUAGGCAACUGUAUUGUUUUACCACAUUCUUAUGGUCUCCCAGCUGGAAUAUUAUCCAUGCAUUGCUUAUAUUGCUUAUAUAUCUCUUGAUACAAUAUUACCUCCUCUUAAACUAUUAUAAACCUUAAUCUACAUUUUACUUGAUUUGGAUCAGUUUCUAAAUGCAUUAAAUAACUGCAGAUGUACUCUCGACAUACAAAAAAAAAACCAUCAAAAACUAAAGAGCUUAACACUGUAUCAAGUGUUAGUCCACAGAAUUUACUCGACCUCGCUAUCAAAUAAUCUCAAAAAUGUUAAUGAUUUAUACAGUACUAAGAAUGCGAUAGGCAAAUUUUAGAAUAGAGCCAUCUAGACUGCUUGUAAACUAGCUUCAGCAUUGCGACGGAAUAGCAUUAGCCGAGGGCAUCCACCACUCGUGGCUUAGCCCUAUGACCAUUUUUACAAACUAACCAAGAUCACAUUUACAGAAUCAGUUUGUUUGUAAGUAUAUCUCUCCUCUCUAGUGCUUAUACACUGACAUGCCACAUGUCAUGGGACUGGAACUGGCACCAUCUCCUGUGACUUUUACCACUGUACUGACCUGUAGGAUAUAUAUGUGUGGUCUCCUGCUUUGAAUGUAUGUUUGGAUGUGAAUCCUGCCGCUUGUCUAUUCGCACAGACAAACAGAUCAUUUUAGCCAGAUGUUGUCAGUCACGAUCAAUACCACCCACUGCACUGUCCACUCUGUGUGAUAAUGCUUAUAAUAUUUUUUCCCGGUAAACACAUGACAUUGUGGAUCAAAGAAUGUCAAAUGUCUGCACAACUUGGGAAAUAGAAUGCCCCACUCAUCAUGUGCACAUUGACCAGUGUUUAGUCUCACUCACAAGAAAACACCUCACAGCUUAUACAGAUAUGGGUGUUCCCAAGCCCUCCCCUGAGGUAACACGUCACAAUCUAUUGACAUACUUCUGCCCCAUGACUUUUGGCAUGUCAGUGUACAAUAGAGCUUUGCAUGCAGACCAAUGAAAUGGUGAAAACAGUGAAAUUUCAGAAAAUACUGCAGAAGAUAAAGGUAACAGUUCAGAGCCUACACAGCUGUGCCUUUAAUCCGCCCUCUAUAGAUAGGUCAAGCAUUUACUUUUACAGUACCUGAACAGGUCAUAACUAUGGCUAUCUACAGAAAGGUCUUCAAACUGGGCAUUUGGUUCACUGUCCUUUUGUAAAAGGGAAAUUUUGUGCCUUUUUAUUUUCCUUUCAGUAAAGGAAGUAUAUUUUUGAGUUUAGUACAGUAUUUUAUCACAGUGCCACCAAGGCCUUGUUUGUCAUUUUGACCAUGUUACAAACCACAAAACUCUGUAAACAAUAAUGUUCCAGGCAGACAAUUCAUGUCUUCGUUGAUAUUUAAUUACACUGAGAUAUAAAGAAGUUUUACGUUUUCUAUUUUAAACUAUUGAUCUUGGUGGCAGAGAGUUGUGCAGCGUAAUUCAUUUUUAUGAAUGUACAGUCAAUGCCUCAUUUAACAUAAUGUUAAAUAUCUUAAGAAUGUCUGAGGAAUUUUCCUGCUGUGCUAUUUUGUCAAAGAAGACCAUGCAAAUUGUUUAUCGUUUUUAUUUAUAUGCAUGGAUUUUAUACAAUUCAUUGUACUUUUUUAUAAUAAGAUGUAUAAAAGGGCCAUUCAGAAUUUA